GUUUGGUCUAUUUAUCGAGAUCUCGCUUUCUUUCCAUGUACGGUAAUUAUACCGCGACAGUUGCCGUCUCUCGCUCGCUCGGCUCCAUCGCUGGCCGUUGGUUGGUUGAUUGAUCGUGGUGGUGCUCGCCGCCAUCGAGCGUGCCCGCUGGCUGCGGAAGGGGAAUGGGUUGCACGGCGUCGCGGCUGGAGAACGAGGACUGCGUGCGCCGGUGCAAGGAGCGGCGCCGCCUCAUGAAGGAGGCGGUCUGCUCCCGCCACCACCUCGCCUCCGCCCACGCUGACUACCUCCGCUCCCUCCGCCUCACUGGUUCCGCCCUCGCCAGCUUCGCAGUCGGCGAGCCCCUCGCUGUCUCCGAGCACACCCCGCCCGUUCUCCUCCGAUCAUCUGCCGCCUCCCCUUCGGCUUCCCUCCCUCCGCCCACGCUUCAGCCCCCUCCACCACCCUCUCCGUCGCCGCCGCCGCCUAAACUCCGCCCCCGCCACCGCCACCAUUUCUCCCCCUCCCCUUCCCCCACCGUUGCCGGCACCCCCUUCCAUAGGCCCUCUGCCGGCGCCGUGGCUGACGGCCACCCACGGUUCCCGGCUGUGAACUCGACGUAUGCCACCACUCCCUCUCAGUCUUCCUCCGCCUGGGACUGGGAGAACUUCUACCCUCCGUCGCCCCCGGAUUCCGAGUUCUUCGAACGACGGAAGGCCGAGCUUGAGGAGAAGAAUCGCCUGCAACACCAUCUUCCUCCGGAGGAAGAAGUGGGCGAAUCGGACGAGGAGCAGAUAUCACAGGAAGAAGAAGAACAAGGAGGAGGAGGAAGAGAAGAGGUCCACUGUCGCGAAUGGGGCGAGCGCUACACGAGCACCACCAGCUCAACCUCCAGAUCCGACGGCGAGCCGGAGCAGGAGGAUGACCAAGAAGAUGACAGGGCCACGGUCUCGAGAUCCGAGAGCAUGGCCACCAGAUCCGCCUACGGGGGCUUCGCCCCUAGUCAGGCGGCGCCGUCGGAGAUCGCAUCAUCCGCGGCGGCGGAGGUGAAGUCGCGCCUGCGGCCGAGGUCGGAGGUGGGAUCGUCGUCUGCCAGGUGGAACGCUGGCGGCCGGGAGGAGACUUCCUUGUCAUCUGCCGUCGCCGAGCUGAGGAUGGUGGUGCGCCACCAAAGUCUGGCGGAGAUUGCAGAGGCGAUCAAGGAGCAUUUCAUCAAGGCCGCCGAUGCAGGCAGCGCUGUCUCAGAUCUCCUUGAGAUUGGCCAUGCCCAAUUUGAUGGUAGCUUCCGGCAGCUCAAGAAGACGGUGUACCACUCAAGCAGUGUACUGAGCGCGCUAUCCUCGAGCUGGACGUCGAAGCCGCCGCUGGCAAUUCGGUACAGCCUGGAUCCGGUGGCUUUAGAGGAGUCGGGUGGAGGAAAGAGCAAUGGCUCCACUUUGGAGCGGCUCUUGGCUUGGGAGAAGAAGCUCUAUGAGGAGGUGAAGGUUAGAGAGGGUGUAAAGAUUGAGCACGAGAAGAAACUGUCAACAUUGCAGAGCCAGGAGUAUAGGCGAAAGGAUGAUGCAAAACUGGACAAGACCAAGGCCUCCAUACAGAAAUUGCACUCACUAAUCAUAGUGACAUCACAGGCCGUCACUACCACAUCUUCUGCUAUCACCAAAGUUUGCGAUGAUGAACUUGCACCACAACUUGUCGAGAUUUGUUAUGCGCUUUUGAAUAUGUGGAGGCAAAUGAAUAAGUUUCAUGAAAUCCAGAACCAUAUUGUGCAACAAGUCCGAGGUCUUGUGAAUCGUGCCUCUACUGGCGAGUCGACAUCGGACUUGCAUCGGCUGGCAACCCGUGAUCUUGAAGCUGCAGUCUCGGCAUGGCAUUCAAGCUUCAACCGCCUUAUCAAGUAUCAGCAUGACUAUGUCCAUGCCUUGUAUGGCUGGCUUAAGCUCACACUCCUCCAGGUUAGCAGUGACAAUCCCCAGAAAGACCAUUCUUCACCUGUCGCAGUUGAGCUUACAGCCUUCUGUGAUGAGUGGAAGCAAGCGCUAGAUCGACUGCCUGACACAGUGGCCUCUGAGGCUGUCAAAAGUUUCAUGAAUGUCAUCCAUGUCAUCUACACAAAGCAGGUUGAGGAAUUGAAGAUUAAGAAACGAGCUGAGACAUACUCAAAAGAGCUUGAGAAAAAAUCUACAGCACUGAGGAAUACCGAGAAAAAAUAUUACCAGUCCUACUCAAUGGUUGGACUUGCGCUCCCAGGUGGUGGACACGACAAUGAUGGACAAGUAUUUGACACGCGCGACCCAUUAGCAGAGAAGAAGUCGGAGAUUGCAGCAUGUCGGAGAAAGGUAGAAGAUGAGAUGAUGAGGCAUGCUAAGGCGGUCGAGGUCACGCGGUCGAUGACCCUUAACAACAUACAGACGGGCCUGCCCGGUGUGUUUCAGGCGUCGACAGGGUUCUCCGGCAUGUUUGUGGAAGCUCUGGAAGGUGUUUGCCGUCGAGCUGGAUCCGUUUAAACGGCUUUUCAUAAUUUUUUACUAUCUUCUUAUAUAUGUGAUCAGGCAAAAGAGUAUAUAGUUAUAAAACAGGAAGAAGAUAAUUCCCCAUCUUUUGGUGUGUUAGGUUGGAUAAGUCGGUGUAGAUAUCAUUUUUGAUAUGAUAUUUUUCUUUUGCCCUUUCUGGAACGUGGAGGGAGGAGAUGCUUUUGUACAGCCAAAAUGGGUUGGUUGGGUUGUGCUUUAAUAAAGAUCAACUUUUCUUC